AUGAAGCAAGAAUCAGCACCACCACCUAAGAAGAGGCGCACGCUAGGCACAUUCCCCUGUGUGCAUUGUCACAAGGUAUUUACCAGAUCUGACCAUCUUGCAAGACACAACUUGAAUCACGAACCCAAACAAGUAUUUCGUUGUCUGUUAGUAAUUUCCAAGGGUGAUGAAACAAAAGUAUGUGGGAAAAGUUUUGUACGGAAAGACUUAAUGGAGAGACACAUGAAACGACAUGAAAUGGAGGGGCAGCUUGAACGACAGCAGGCUGGUGAAGAUACCACCAGCAAUAGCUCUUUUGAUGUUAAAGCAGAAGUGGCAGUCCCACCACCAGUCCCACCACCAGCACCAGCACCGGUACCAGUACCAGUACCACAACAACCAAUACAAUCAAUACAACAAAUACAACCACAAUUUCAAUCAGCUCAAGUAACACCAGUUCCUAUGCCAAUGAUUCCACCUGUAGACCCAACCUUUCCUCAAAACCAACCUAUCGACUACCUGAUGCUUGCACAGCCAUUUGUGCCUCAAAGUCAAAACGAUAUUUUGUCGUGGUUGUUUACAGAUUCACCACCAUCAGCAUUGGAAACAAAUAAUGGCAAGGUUCCUAUCAAUAUUCCUAUAUCAUCACCAUAUAACCAAUUUUCACCCACUAACCAAGUUCCAAUUCAUCUGACUUCGAACAAUUUUGACUUUACCAACCAAAUGUAUGGUUUACAAGAUGUCAACAUCUUCCUAAAUGAUGACAAUCCGUUAGAUGAAGUAUUUCUUCGAAAUUAUCAGGCCAUGACUGCCAAUAAUAAUAAUAACAACCUACCUCAUAACCCGUUCACAAUGACAACAGCAUCAUCUACAUCUCCAGCUACAGCCACAGAAUCUAACGCAUCCCCUUCACAAUGUCCUGAAAACUAUUCACAUGAUCAAUUUGAGUUGAAACUAGUACAUCAUGCUGAGAGGUGCAAUUUCCCCAAAAAUAGGAAUCAUUAUCUCGACACACUACUCCUAGAACUGAUCUUCCGGUCAUUACACCUCACGCGAGAUGAAAUAGCAGCAUUGUUCCCUGAGCCUGUUGGAUACACCCUAGAAGACCGAUUAUCAUACUAUCUCUCCAUGUACUGGACGGUAUUUCACAAACAAUUCACAAUACUACACAAGCCAUCAUUUGACACCAAAUCAGCCCAUCCGUUAUUACUCGCAGCCAUGAUCCUCGUAGGUGCAUCAUACGCCUCUCCAACCACAGCUGAACAGCUUGCCAUAGUGCAUCGGAAAUCACCCGAGUUUAAGUUCACUUUGAAAUGCGCAAUACCGUUGCGAUUCAUGAUUUUUCAAGAUGAAGGAUUCCAAUCACCAGUCAAGUUAUGGGUAUUGCAAAGUUUAAACAUGUUAGAAUGGAUCGAGAAGAAUUUCCUCAAUCGAAGAAUGCAUGAACGUGGGCAUGUACAUCAUGGAACGACCGUGCAAUUAUUAAGAAGAUCGCCUGCAUUAGGUGGGAAUCCUGGUGUUUCGAAGAGAAGUAAUAAUAAUAGUGGUAAUAACAGUGCCGGCGAGGAAUCUGAUGGCAACAAUGGUGUCGAUGAAGAAACUGAAGGAGAACAGGAUACAUCUGACUAUGAUUUAUUUGUGAAGUGGGUAGAAUCGGAACUGAUGAAACGUGUAACGUUCAUGACGUUUUACUUGGAUGUAGUUGACUAUAUUAAAUUCAGACACAAUCCAGUUAUUCUGGUUCACCAAUUACAAUUCUUAAAUUUACCCUGUGAUGACGAGAUGCUUUGGGAACUGAAAGAUGUCAAUGGGUCAUUCAGAAAAGUGGUUAAAAGACAAAAGAAAAUCCUGCUGGAAAGACAAAAGGAUGGCAAGGCUAAUGGGAAUGCUAAGCCUAAGCUGUCCCUGCAGAAUUUCUUGUCCAUGCUUAAGAAAUUCCUUAAACCUACAAAGCUAAACUCUCAGGACAUACCCAGUCGACUUUCAAUAUUCACACGAAAGAUCCUUCUUGCUGGGUUGAUCUCAGUCAUGCAACAAAUGCAACAGGCUGAUGAUCAAAACACGGUGUCUCUCAUUUCGACCACUGCAUCAAACUCGACAUCAUCAGUUGCUCCAUCUGCCUCCAAGCGCAAAAUAUGGAAGGAAAUCCUUGUUCGGGCGUUUGACAACUACAAUUUCGAAAUCAUGAAUGUAUACUCGGCAAACCAACGCCUAAACAAUCUUCUGAUAUUCCUGGACAUACAAACUCCAGAAGUGCCACUACCUAUUUAUCACCUUACGCAAAUCAUUGGACUUCCAGACAUAAAUCAUUACGAUAUUGCGAUCUUCGGAGGAUCACCUGCUAAUCAAAGUGUAAGUGCCACCACCAACGAUCAUUACAUUGUUCUGAGAAAGCUUUAUUCCAUGUGGCACACAAAAUCGCGAGCUAUAUCUGAUAUAAUCAAUGUUAGAAGCGUGGUACAUUGUUAUUUGCUACUUUGGCAAUUGAUGCUUAAACCAGUAGAAAUUGGGAAUAAUAUGGUUGGGAAUGAGUUUCUUGAUUGGAAACCCAAUUGUGAUUAUUAUGAUUGCAUGUAUGCUGUAUCAGUGGCCACAUUAGUGUUGUGGUGUUACUGUUUCUCAACAUGUGGAUUAGAAAGUGAUAGGUUUAAAGAGAUUGGAGAUGAGGGAUUGUGCGAUAAGAAAUAUGAAGAGCUUGUUCAAAUGAGUGCAGAAGAUGGAUAUCAAUAUUUACUGCGAGUAAAACAAGAGUUUUUGACCAACUUAAGAAAGUACAAUUUGCAUAAAGAGUUUAAUUUGCAUCCACCAAGUAGUAGUGAUAAACAAACCUAUUCUCCUAAUGAGGUUAUGGCCAAAUAUUGUGAUUUACUUCCACAAAUUUCCAAUAAGCAAAAUAUCUCAGGUGUUUGCUUCCUUGUUGGAACCAAGCUAAUGACUAGUCAAUGGGAAAUUAUUCGUGAAAAUGCCAAAUUAAUUUUGAAUUGCGGAUAUAGAUCUAUCGGAAAGAAGAGUGUAUUAUGUCUGGAUCUAUUUGAUAAUGAGUUCACCUAA